AGAAGUGUUUGCAAACCUGCCACAUCCUCAAAUUCUUUGGUUGGGUGUGUUUAAUGAACUGUUUUCUUUGGUGUAUUGAAAGAGUAUUUGUUGGAGUUGGUGCAAUUAACUGAAAUCAAUUGCUGUGUGAUUUUUUGACCAAAAUGGUGAUGAUUUUUUUAUCUUUAUAUGUAGUUGAUCUUUACAGAUAUUAAUAAAUGAGAUGUGAUUUGUAGAAGUGUUUGCAAACCUGCCACAUCCUCAAAUUCUUUGGUUGGGUGUGUUUACUGAACUGUUUUCUUUGGUGUAUUGAAAGAGUAUUUGUUGGAGUUGGUGCAAUUAACUCAAAUCAAUUGUCAUGGGGUAGGUGAACAUGUUUCACAUGUUUGUUUUGUAAAAUCUGUGUAGGUGCUCAUGUUUCUCAGCGAAGUUACCCGGGUUUGUAUCUACGACGUAUAAGUCAGCUUUUAGACUCGAACAACAUGGAUAGAUUUAGGAAUUCUUGUUUUGGCCGUUUGUUAGAUCUGGAUUCUUGGAAAUUCCAGGGGCAGCUGUUGUAUUUGAUGUACUCCGCCAUCAAUGUAGAGUCUUUUGCUAUUAGAAGAAUAUCUUUUAGGCUAUGUGGGCUGGAUGCAGAGCUCGGUCCCCUCGAAUUUGGGGUAAUGACAGGCCUUAGUUUCAAGGGGUGGGAAGAGCCCCUGGCAACCUCUGAAUUUUUUAAACGUCAUUUCAAAGGGCAAACAAGAAUGUUUUUUAACCAAAUCUUGGAUGCUUUUGAAAGUCAUUGUAUUAAAAAUAAAGGGGCAGAUGUGGAUUCCUUACUUUUUGCCUACUUAGUGGUUGUUUUUGGCAUUUUAUUGAUUAGACAUAACACUAGUAAAAAGAUAGAGCUCCGGUUCAUUCACUUAGUUGAUGAUGUAGACAAAUUCACCUCCUAUCCUUGGGGGUUGGUGGCAUAUGAAUGCCUUGUUAUCCUUUGUCACAAUGCCAAAGCCCAGCUGGAUUAUCAUAGUCAAAGGCAGCUUCGUCCAACAUGUGACGCGGCCGGGCUUUGGUAUGUCUUGCAAGUUUUUGCUUAUGAGCUACAUCCGAAGUUUGUGGAUGUAAGCUGUGAGGUAGGGGUCAACGUACGUGACCGGAGUCCUCGCUUGCUCCGAUGGAUUCCCUGUACAAAGACCCUGAAAUUGAACCCUAUUUUACCCCUGCUCAUGCUUCGGAAUUGGUAAGUAACAAAUUAAUAGAGUUGAUUAUUUGUUGAUUAUUUUUUUAAGAAUGGUUAUUAAUUAUUGUUUUCAUUUGAAUGAUAGGCACCGAUGAAUUUCACCCCAUCCGAGAGGGUUUGGUGUGAAAACCACGGACUGUACCCUAACUAGAGUUGCGAGGUGCCGAGUGCUGAUUUGCUUGUCACCAUCAAAUACAAAAUCAACAAUUCUUCCAAACCAAGAUCACCCAAGGAGCAACCACAUCCAAAAGUGGAUAAGUUAGUGCUUGGGAAAAGGAAGACAAGAGCUACACAGCGGGUGCUUGAAAGACCCGAAGACGAGGAAGCAUUUGAGCGGCUGAUCGAGUUGGCAGACACCCAAACAACACAAAAGACUAAGGGGAAAAAGAGUACACCCCGAAAACAUGUUCCACCUCAUCAAGGACAUGAAGUAGGGGCAGGCACUAGCAAGAGAGGUCAGACAAAGAAAAAUGAAGAGUGUGACACUCCUUCAUAUCCCACAUACGACCAAAUGGAAGAGUUUCUGGUGAUUGCACGAUCAAUGCAAGCCACCCUCACUUCUAUGAACGACCGUCUCGGAAAUGAUAAAUCGGCAAACGUUAUCAAUGCGGGAGUUCAAACAGAAUGGUCGCACACCGUUGUAAUAGAUGAAGCUGAUGUACCAGAUGAUGUUUGCCGAGACGAUAUCCCGCCGCCGAAGGGGAAUGCCUUCGACCUUGGUGCAGACAACAUACAUCGAGAACCUACACCCGAGCCUAGUUGUUCACAGGUGGAUGCCCAUCGAAAUGAAUGUUUAGCCCUAGUUACAACGUCCGAGCCUACUGAUAAAGUGGACGAGAUGGUUGAGAAGGAGGUGAUCGAUGUUGAGUUAGUUCGUGAUUUGCCCUCACCAAAGGCACAAAGAAAGUCCAAAAGAAAGAAAGCCGCCCCCGCACCUGUCUUCAGUUCCACCGACGAUCCUUAUCCGAUGCGCCUUGCAUCGAAUGAAUGGAUAGACAAGUUUAGGGUGUGGUAUGAGGAAAAUGUUGAAAAUCCAAGGUAAACUAACAUGUUGAUGUGAUUUUAUUGGAAAUAUGA